GCAGCAGCUCUAUGUGUAAACUGUUGACUUUAGGCUUAGGGACCAUUUAUCUGCAUAUACUAACAUCGUCCUGAUUUCCAUUGCAAAAUAGACCAAAGGGAAGCGACACUGAAAGUAAUGACUCUGUGCUAUUAUCCGGACAUCUGGAAUAGAUGGAGAUGUUGCCGGUCAUUCUCAUAUUCAUCCUGCUUGGAGGCUUAAAGCAUGAAACACACGUGGAGUCUGUGGCAGUGAACGUGGCUCUACAGGGUCUCGCCUUCCAGUCCAGCACAGUCCCGGGGCAGGGUGAAGCUCACUUAGCAAUAGACAACAACACUAAUACUGACUUUCUGAAAGGGUCCUGCAGUCAGACAACCAGCGAGUACCAGCCAUGGUGGACCGUGGACCUAAGACGUGGCUACCUAAUUGCCAAUGUCACCAUUACUAGCCAACUCAGAACCCUGACCUCUCAGGUGCCUUGGGCUGAGAUCCACGUGGGCGAGAGUCUCCAAGGCUUUGGCGUGUCUAACCCCAGCUGCUCGGUCAUCACCUCCAUGACUGCGGGUGCAACAAUGACCUUUCCAUGUAAAGGAAUGAUCGGACGAUACAUCACUCUGGUCAUACCGAACCGCAUCGAUACGCUGACCUUAUGUGAGGUUCAGGUGGCAGUCCUACAUGUACCAGAUCUGCAGCUCGGACUAACGAUUAAAGGUGUGUCUGCUUCUGGACCAGGCCUCUUACCAAGCACAGAAACGAUUGUCCAGAUGCUUAAGGAGAAAACAAAGAUGAAGAUCAGGACACUGAGUCGGGGAAUUGACAACUUUCUACAACGAGAUAACCAAACCUGCGUCCCCAUGACGUCUCCAUGAUCUUUCGUGCAAUUGAGGAGCAGUCAUACCCAGGACACAGCACAAGGGAGAAUGUUAGAAAACUCCAGAUGCAAUAAAAAUAGGAAACCAAUAUUCUUCUCUCCCUGUGCAUAGAAUUACUGUAUGCGAAAGUAAAAAUUAA